CGGGGCAGGAAGCCACAGGGCCCAACCCCGGCCCUCGAUGCGGGUGGUGUCCCCCAGGCCAGACCUGCCUCCCUGCUUGCACCCAACCCCAGCCCUGUCUCCUCUCUGCCCCAGAGGAACCUAUUUACUGUUACACCCCGCACAACUUCACCCGCGACCAGGCACUGUACGCCCGCGGCUACUGCUGGACGGAGCUACGGGACGCGCUGCCCGGUGUGGACGCCAGCCUCUGGCCAUCACUGUUCGAGCACAAGUUCCUGCCCUACGCCCUGCUGGCCUUCGCCGCCGUCAUGUACGUGCCCGCGCUGGGCUGGGAGUUCCUGGCCUCCACCCGCCUCACCUCGGAGCUCAACUUCCUGCUGCAGGAGAUCGACAACUGCUACCACCGCGCGGCCGAGGGCCGGGCCCCCAAGAUCGAGAAGCAGAUCCAGUCCAAGGGCCCGGGCAUCACGGAGCGCGAGAAGCGGGAGAUCAUCGAGAACGCCGAGAAGGAGAAGAGCCCCGAGCAGAACCUCUUCGAGAAGUACCUGGAGCGGCGCGGCCGCAGCAACUUCCUGGCGAAGCUGUACCUGGCGCGGCACGUGCUCAUCCUGCUGCUCAGCGCCGUGCCCCUGUCCUACCUGUGCACCUACUACGCCACCCAGAAGCAGAACGAGUUCACGUGCGCGCUGGGCGCCUCCCCGGACGUGCCGGCGGGCGGCGGGGGCGCGGGGCCGGCCGUGCGCGUCAGCUGCAAGCUGCCGGCGGUGCAGCUGCAGCGCAUCAUCGCGGGCGUGGACAUCGUGCUGCUCUGCUUCAUGAACCUCAUCGUGCUCGUCAACCUCAUCCACCUCUUCAUCUUCCGCAAGAGCAACUUCAUCUUCGACAAGCUGCACAAGGUGGGCAUCAAGACGCGCCGCCAGUGGCGCCGCUCGCAGUUCUGCGACAUCAACAUCCUGGCCAUGUUCUGCGACGAGAACCGCGACCACAUCAAGUCGCUCAACCGGCUGGACUUCAUCACCAACGAGAGCGACCUCAUGUACGACCACGUGGUGCGGCAGCUGCUGGCGGCGCUGGCGCAGUCCAACCACGACGCCACGCCCACCGUGCGCCACGCGGGCGCGCAGACCCUCGACCCCGGCGCCGCGCCCCCCGCGCCCGCCGAGCCGCCGGUGGCGAAGCGGCCGCGCCGGAAGAUGAAGUGGAUCCCCGGCGGCAGCCCGCUGCCGCAGCCCUUCAAGGAGCCGCUGGCCAUCAUGCGCGUGGAGAACAGCAAGGCCGACAAGCCCAAGCCCGUGCGCAGGAAGACGGCGGCCGACGCGCUCGGCGCCCCGCUGCUGGAGGCGGGCGCCCCCCGGCAGCCCAAGGGCGGGGACGCGGCCGGCGCCGACAAGAAGCACGCGCGCCACUUCUCGCUGGACGUGCACCCCUACCUCCUGGGCGCCAGGAAGCCCAAGGCCGAGGCCGCGCCCGCCGCCGCGCUGCCCGCCUCCCGCAGCCAGGAGGGGGGCUUCCUCUCCCAGGCGGAGGAGCGCGGCCGCGGCCUGGCCGGGGCGGCCCCCGCAGACGCCCCGCUCCCCGCAGAGCCGGCCCGAGCCGGGCUUCCCUCCGGGGGCCCCUUCCGCGUGUGCUCGCCCCCCGCGGCCCCCGCCGUGGCGCCCCUGUCUCCAGUCGGCCUGGGCAAGGCGGACGCCCUGGCCCUCCUGAGCCGCAACGCCACGCACCCUCUGCUCCACAUCAACACGUUGUACGAGGCGCAGGAGGAAGAAGGGGGUCCCCACGCGGCCCCCGAGGUCGGCGACCUCAUCGGCAUCCCCCCGCCCCAGCAGAUCCUCAUCGCCACUUUCGACGAGCCCAGGACCGCCGUGAGUACCCUGGAGUUCUAGGGCCGGCGGCGGCGCGAGGCUCCCCCCCCCGCCCUCCGCACCCGUCCGCCCGCGGGGUGGGGGGCUCGGCGCCUGCCCUGCGCCUACCCCCCCCCGAUGGCGUCCUCCUGGCGCUGGCUGGGGGCGGGGAGGCCCGGAGCCCCCUCCCGCCCCUGCCCCAGGCCUCGCCUGCAGUAGGAACUGCAGGACGGAAAGUUUAUUUUUUUAGUCGAUUUUGUUGCGGGCUCGGUUUAUUUUCUGAGAAGGGAGGAGCUGGGUGGGCUCAGGACAAGCCAGCGCCCCCCAGCGCGGCAGCCGCCCAAGGCAGAACCGGCUGGGAACCCCGGGGGUCCCGCGUUCAAGGGGCCGCCCCUCCCCCAUGCAGGGACCCGAGCCUUCGCUGUGGGGGGCCGGGGCGCCUCUCCAGGCAGAGAUCUCCAUGCACUUUCUUCUUGUAACCUGACAUACAUGUAUUUUAUUUUAUUAUUACUGUAA